AAAGUUUUUAAAUUGUACUGCAUCAAAUAGUUGCAUUUUUAUAAAAACUGCCAACAGUAGUUCUUAGGGUAUUUUACAUGGCAUGUUAAAUUUUUGAUUAAAAUGUUACAUCCUCUUGAAAUUGAAGAGCUCCUAAAACAUGCUUUCUUUUGCCAGAUGUGAAAAUAAUUAAGGAUUUUUAAGCAAACCUAAAUGUUCAUGAAUAAGCAUGAUUUGGUAAUAUCUUUGAGUUGAUGUGGUGAUAUCUCCACAAAAUUGCCAACAGUCAGCAUGAUGACUUUGUACUGUUGGAACAGAUGUGAAAAUUUAGUUCUUCAAAGUGUAAGGAAUAUCAAUUUUUAGCGGAUCAUUUGAACAGCUAUGGUAUCAUUGCGAUAUAAGUCCUUCGUUUUGGGUAUCAUACUAACAUCCAUUACUUGGAGUGUAAUUUUGUACAUGAAAUCAAAGCUCAAUGAAGACAACUAUGCAUUAGAAAGCCAUCCAGACGAAAUUGCAAAAUGGAAAUUAAGACCACGAGUUUUAGAUUCUGCUGUUGGUAUCAAUCUCCAUAAAUCAAAUAUCAGAACAAAUUUAAUCAAACAACAUUUAAUAGAUCAAGAAACUAAUAUGAUUGAGGGAAAUGAUCUUUCUGAUGAUUCUGCCAAGGAUCGCCAUUCCAAGAAGUCUCUUCAAAAGCUUUUAAAUUCGACAGAACUCAUACAUUUGGGCAUGAUCACGUCUCCUGAAGACCAACGCAUAAAAGAUCAGGGCUAUAAAAGGCAUGCAUUUAAUCUUUUAAUCAGUGAUAGAUUAGGAUUCCAGAGACUUCUACCUUAUACACAACAUUCCUUAUGCAAAAGUCAAGUGUAUGAAGAAAAUCUUCCUAAGGCUAGUGUCAUUAUUUGUUUUUAUAACGAGGCUCGAUCAACCCUAUUACGAACAGUCUACUCCAUUCUUGACAGAACUCCCAGCCAUUUGUUGCACGAAAUUGUUCUUGUUGAUGAUUCUAGUGAUGAUGAAAAGUUCAGGGAGGAGUUGAAACAAUAUUUACACAAUAAUAUUGAUAGCCAAAAAGUGAAGCUUCUUAGAAUUCAGAGAAGAGCUGGUCUGAUGCGAGCUAGAGUUUUUGGAGCACAACAUUCUACUGGUGAGGUUUUGGUGUUUCUAGACAGUCAUUGUGAGGUGAAUGAAGUAUGGUUAGAACCUCUCCUGCAGCGCAUUCAAGAAAAUCGCACAACGGUUGUUUGUCCCAUCAUCGAUAUCAUCAAUGCUGAUACCUUUGAGUAUGUUUCUUCUCCCAUUGUACGUGGCGGUUUUAAUUGGGGUUUGCAUUUUAAGUGGGACUCUGUACAUUCCAAUCAGCUGAGUAAAAAAGAAGACUUCAUUAAACCCAUCGAAUCUCCUACUAUGGCAGGUGGUUUGUUUGCCAUUGAUAAAAGCUAUUUUCACACCCUUGGUGAAUACGAUCAAGGAAUGGACAUUUGGGGUGGAGAAAAUCUGGAAAUAUCAUUCAGGAUUUGGAUGUGUGGUGGAAGCCUGCAGAUUAUUCCAUGUUCUCGUGUCGGCCAUGUGUUCCGACGUAGAAGACCUUACGGCUCUCCUGCUGGGGAGGAUACUUUAACUUAUAAUUCUCUGAGAGUGGCUCAUGUGUGGAUGGAUGAAUAUAUUGAAAACUUUUUCAAAGUCAGACCAGAUGCACGAAAUAAGAGUUAUGGUGAUAUUUCGAGCCGCCUUGAUUUAAGGAAGAAUCUUCAGUGUAAAUCUUUUGAUUGGUACAUGAAGACUAUCUAUCCUGAACUUGGUCCACCACAAGUCAAAACAAACCUUUCAGAAAAAAAAGCUCACCUUGCUCAGAUGAAGAAUCAGUGGAAGCAUUCAACCACUGAAAUAUUAUUUAGAUAUCAGAUUCAACUGACAGGCACUGAAUUGUGUAUUGAAUCAGAAGAUGAUGUCACUACAAAAGGUUCUUUGCUCAUUCUUCAAAAGUGCUCAAAACUGAAACGUCAGAUGUGGUACGAGAGUGCUAAACAUGAUAUCAGGUUGGCUCAACUUCUCUGCCUGGAUGCUGGUGAACAGUUCCCUCGUUUGUCCAAGUGCCAUGAAAUGGGUGGAUCACAAGACUGGAGGCACGCAGACACAGUGGACUCCCCUAUUUAUAAUAUGGCUGCAGGACUGUGUCUUGGUGUUCACAAAGAAAAUGUUGGUGAAUACAUUAUCCUCACCAUUUGUAGCCAAUCAGAAUCUCGUAAAUGGAAUCUCUUAUUUCAUUCCCUGCCCUAAGUGUUGUGCUUUUGAAACAAUUUCUGUGAUAGAUUUUUAUCCCUUACAAUCCCAUUUUAUACAAGUAGUACAAAAAAAAAUUACAGCGCUAGGGUGGUUGUGCUUUUGUUUUUAUACAAAAAUUCUUUCAUCUUUUAUAAUUAAAUUGAAACAUUUUUGUAUUUUUUUUCAAGAAACUCAUACAUUUCUUGUUUAACACCAAACAUACCAAUACUUAGUGUAUACCUAUUUCUACCAUACUCGAUUACAUGACCGAACUUUGUUCUUGUUGUUCUUGGAUGUUUCUUGGUUGAAUAUGUGAAAUUUGGAUGUUAGGGAGGAAAUAAACUAAAAACACUUUAUUAUAAUUAAACAAAAUUAUACAUUGCUAAUUUUUAUACAUUGCAAACACGUAGAAUAAGAAUUUUUAAUUCAUUGCCCAACACAUUUUUUUACAUAUACAGGAUGUUUUCAUUGUACUUUUCCGCAAACAUAUUUCUUCUAAUUGUUAUUAUUUCUAUGAUUCUUAUAAUUAUAAGAAUUAUAAUACUUAUAAUUAUUCUUAUAGUUUAUAUUAUCUCGUUU